CCUCACCCCCUCAACCCCGCCGGGCCAAGCGAGCGCAGAGGCGGAACUUGGGUUCAAGUUGAACACCCCCCGCCCCCCCCCCUGUGCAGGUCUACACCCAACUUGCUCGUUGACGGCUCAUCCGGAGCCCCAUCGUCGCUGAGAGGCCGGGGGCAGUCAGGCCGCAAUGCUGCCCUCGUCAAACCAGCCGCGGGCAAACGGGCGCGACGCGGGGCCGGCCACAGCCUGCUUCAAGCGUUCGCGCUACCUGCGCAGGCUGCUGCGCUUCCGCCAGAUGGACUUCGAGUUUGCCACGUGGCAGAUGCUCUACCUGUUCACGGCGCCGCAGAAGGUCUACCGCAACUUCCACUACCGCAAGCAGACCAAGGACCAGUGGGCGAGGGAUGACCCUGCCUUCCUCGUGCUGCUCAGCAUCUGGCUGUGUGUGUCGACAUUGGGGUUUGGCUUUGUGCUGAGUAUGAGCUUCCUGAACACCCUGAAGCUGCUGCUGUGGGUCGUGUUCAUCGACUGCAUCGGCGUGGGGCUUCUCAUAUCGACGCUCAUGUGGCUGAUAUCGAAUCGAUACCUCAUGGGCCGCGGCGUACGGGAGAGUGACGUCGAGUGGGGCUACGCGUUCGAUGUUCACCUCAACGCCUUCUUCCCGCUCCUCAUCAUCCUGCACUUCAUCCAGCUGUUCUUCAUCAAUAGAGUCAUCAUUCAGGACUGGUUCAUCGGAUAUUUCGUGGGAAACACGCUGUGGCUCGUCGCCAUCGGCUACUACAUCUACAUCACCUUCCUUGGCUACAACGUGCUGCCAUUCCUGAAGAACACGGUGCUGCUGCUGUACCCCAUGGCGCCACUAGCGCUUCUGUACGUGCUGUCGUUGGCGCUGGGAUGGAACUUCACCCAGGGGCUCUGUUGGUUUUACAACGUCCGCGUGUAGUGACGGUGCGAUGCGUGUGGCGUCCGUGGUGUUUCCGUCUCGUGCGACAAAAAUUCAAUCUCUCGUCCCCGCACCGAAUGGAAGUGACGAUUAUUGCGUCGCAGCCGCGUCAUUAUUUGUUGUCCUUGUUUUGGUUUAAAACAGGGGGUGGCCAACCUUUUUCUUACCGAUUGCCGGGUAGAACUUUCAAAUACCUUUGGCGGGCCAAACGUUAAUACCAACAUUAUCCAAUGAUAAUAAAGGAGGGCCUUGUAUUGUCAGAAGUGACUGAGGGUGAUAGCAUGAGAAACACUGUUUCCAGGUGGGUAACAUUCCCUUCUAGUAACCGACUAGUGCAACCAUGAGAUGCUGCGUGCAGCGAUGGAUUAAUGUGAUUUGCGGGCCAUUUUGAAGCAGUAGGCCUCGUGUGCCCGCAGUGCCUUGCGAAAGGCAGGUUCCACACCCCGGUUUUAAAGUGCAAUCCUCUCAUUUCGUUGCGUUUGUGAUUUAUUUUUCCCCGGUUUUAUUUUCUAUGUUUUUUUUUUGUCCGUUUUAAUUUAAGAGAACUCCUGAGAAGAAUGUACUCUUUUUUUCUCUUCGAUUGGCGGCGCUUACUUACGACGGGUUGUUUCCUAAAAGGGGAGAAUUUUCACGAACCGGGUUACGUUCGUGGCAGCAGACGCAAGUAUCCAUGUCGUCGUCUGUGCAGCUCAAUUUAAAGAUGUUCGUCAAUCCGCUUGUAACUCGAGAAUGAAAGGUCGUACAAGAGGACCCUAACAAAAAAAUCUGCAAAAAAACAUUUCCCCUUGCCAAAACACGCUGGGUUUUUUUUUAAGGACUUGACCUGAUUUGGAAAUCGAGAAGCAUUUCUGACAUUGGCAUCAAGGAACGUCCAGUGUGUCAAAGAUUUACCAUUUUCUCCGUGAGCAGCACCAGUCGGUACGUUUUGCCAGCAGGUUGGGCCUGCCUUCCACUUGUUUUUCCCCAUGCGAGAUCCUCAUGGCACAAGGAGGGGAACCCUUUGCAUCCUUCCUGGGUGCACGACCACGGUGUUUAGACCGCACCAAAGGCAUCGCCACACCGCCGUUUUACAAAAAGUAAAAUGACCGUCCUGGUCCCUUCGUGGUGUGCUGCACAUCGACACUUUUAAUACCUCCAAUUAUCACGGUUGGCUACGUACGGUGCGAAAUAAGUUCUACAGACAUGCAUAAUACAUCAAAAUAACUAUACACGGUGGCCCGAAAGUCAGGACACAUAGGGUUAUUUAAUUUAACACUGGCAUGAAAGCAUUGUUUUAUUUAAGUAAAUAUUUUAUCUAAUAUAUAUUUCUUCUUCAUGUGGGGUCACCUCAAAACCGUCGUUUAGAAAACUCGACUAAGAACCGUUGAAUAAAUUGACACAACAGUUUCAGAAUGUUCAAAGAUUACAGCAGUAAUUUCAAAAUAUAUGCGUGCAUUUAUGUUAAUGGGGGCAGUUUGAAAAUUUGUUAAAAUAAAUAUAACCGUGUGUCCGGAGCUUUCGGCCACCCUCUACAUGUACUUGUUUCUGCUGUCAGCGACGCCGACAUUCCAAAAAUAUCCCGGCGUUCUUCGUCAUCCACUUUGCUGAUCGGAAAUCGGAGGAGACGGCUUGGCGGGAGUGUGGGCUUGUUAACAUCAGAAGCAAAAAAAUUUGCUGAUGAAAAGAAAACUAGUGACUAUCUGUGGUGGGGGUGGUAUGUGUGAAUGUGAGUACGUGCGAUAAAUAAUUGUGGAUUUAAGCUUAUGGGGAAAGAUUUAUUCCAUUUGUCAUUAUAGGAAGAUGCAGCCUAGAAGACAUGCUGCAUAGGUUGCGUUUUUUUGGUUUUCUUGUAGCUCUCCAAUGUGUUUUUUGGGUUGUACAAUCAUGUUCAAUUCAGGUCCUGACCAAGCUCCCAUCAGAUGGCGUGAAAUGUUGGACAUCAUGCUAACACGCUGUAUAAUGUGGAAGAACAUUGGACAGCUGGAAGACAUGCUAUAACCUUAAAUAUCUGUACAUAGACUGUCUCGAGCUGUUUAAAACUUUUGCUAGUAAGAAAAAAUACUUAAAUUAUAAUUUGAUCCUCCACAGCUCGAGACUGCUACACUACUCCAGUGCGGUUUAAUGUCAGUGCAGUCACCAGUGCGAUAACAAAAAAUAUGCCUGACCGGAUCUUUACAGUCUCUCCUUCCAGGGUGAUUUGCAAUAUUAUAUAUUGGAGGUUGGGGAAGCCAGUUUGAGGCCUACAGGAAGUGAUGCGAAUGUCUGCCAUGGAUUACAAAGGAAGUGCAUAUUGCUGGAUGAUUCAUUCCAUCAAGGUUUCAAAGUUGUGCGAAAGCAGCCCAUCACAUGCAGCUGUUUGUUAUGCAGGUCGAGUCUUCCUUUAUUAAAUCGGUGGCUUCUCAGAGACAGUUGGCUUGUAAAACGUCCAGAACUCUCGCUAAAGAAAACUGUUUUGUUACUUCUGUAUAUUUGCAAAGUAUUAAACGGUAUUUGUAAACAA